CCAUUUAAAGCGUAAAAUUUGUAAUUGUCCUGUGUGAAAACUCAAAAUCCCACAAUGCCGCUUAAGUGAAUCAGUAAAUCGCGCCUGCGCACUAAGGCUCUCCCUCUUUGGACCUACGUCUCCACUGAAACGAUGGCCAAGCGCACCAAGAAGGUGGGGAUUGUUGGUAAAUAUGGCACGCGUUACGGCGCGUCGCUGAGGAAGAUGGUGAAGAAGAUUGAAAUCUCCCAGCAUGCUAAAUACACUUGCUCUUUCUGUGGAAAGACCAAGAUGAAGAGGAGGGCUGUUGGCAUCUGGCACUGCGGGUCCUGCAAGAAGACGGUGGCCGGAGGUGCCUGGACGUACAACACAACAUCUGCUGUCACAGUCAAGUCUGCAAUCAGGAGACUGAAGGAACUGAAGGACCAGUAAACCAGUGCACAGCUGGUGGAUUUGGGACUUUGUUUUCUAUUAUUUCAGCCGAACUGGACAUGGCCUCAACAUCCAAAAAUAAAAGUCUGGACC